AAAAUAUGGAAAUAAAUUAUAUUUAUGCAUGACACUUUUAUUUGUACCCAAAUAGCACUCGAUGUGAACAAACAAAUAAAUAUAAUUCUGAAGUCUUUUCUCAAAAGAAAAAACUAUAGUAAAUUCUUAAUUCUUUAUGAAACAAGCAAACCGCUAUUUAUUUUAGGGUUUUUGUUUACAGGGGAAUUGAACACACAGAAAAGAAAAAGGUAUGGUCUUUAUCAAUAUCAUCCGAUCUUUUUUGUAGUUAUAUUUCUUGAUAUUUAAACGUUUAAAACGUUACAAACAAAUUCAAACGUUUCACUUUUUAGCAAUUUAAACCAAAUGUUCAAAACGUUUAAUUUAACAGAUAUUAUUUUUUUGGUCGUAGAAGGCAUCAACAAUGGUUACGAAGAAGAGCAGAAAAGUAGGGAGAAGAAGCUUACACUGUGUUGGUGAUGAUCUUCUCUGCGAAAUUCUCAUACGAAUUCCUUAUAAAUCUGCCUUCGCAUGCAAGACAGUAUGCAAGCGUUGGUUACUUCUGAUAUCCGAUCCAUAUUUUAUAACUCGCUCUGUCGCCUUCCACCAUCUCCGUCGUCAAGAACAACAAGCUGAAGAUAAUCAGCCUGCAUUAUCCCUCGAGUUCUUGCCUCUUUAUAGAAUAAAAAAGGGUCCAAUUAAUGUUGUGGGUUCUUGCAAUGGAUUGUUCUUGUGCAUAUAUGGUUUUAAUUUUCACCGUGAAUUCGGUUUCGCUUCCGCACCCUCCCGUUUCGCAAGCUUCGUUUGCAACCCUUUUACAAGGCAAUGGGCUGCGAUCCCCGGCCCUCCUCGUGUACCUGCGUGCAUGGGUUUCAUAUGUGAUCCUUACUACGAAAUAAACGAACAAGUGUGCAUCAACUCCGGUUGUAAAUUCAAGGUGGUGGCUGUUCCGCGAUUCAACGCUCAAACAGGUGAUACGACUGAGUUUCACGUGGAUGUGUUCUCAUCGGAGACUGGAAAAUGGGCUGAAGUGAUUGCAUCGUCAACUGAAAAAAUUGUAAGAUUGUCGUGGCAUACCCGCCACAGGGUCUCCGUGUGUAGAAAAAAGAUGUUUUGGCUCACCUGGACCAGAAUUCUUGUGUAUGAUCCCUACAAUAAUAAGGUCAAAUGCCUUAGCGGACCUCCUCCAGAACCAGACGCAGUCCUGAGGGGAUCUCUAGGCGUUUCGCGUGACUCGUUAUGGAUGUUUCAGGCUAUGGGUUCGAAAAUAAAAAUGUGGCAACUCGAAGACGAAAAGAGGUGGAGUUUGCAAGGAUGUCUUGACUUAAAAGUGAUGAGUAUGCCUGAUUGGACAUGGAGAUGGAGCACAAAAAUUAAAUGCGUCGAUUUUGGUGUUCCGGAUGUUAUCUGGCUGAUGGAUAUAACACGCAUUUCUCUCAAUUUUAGGACCAAUACAUGGAAAACGUUUGCCCGCGAGCAUUGUAAUAAGCUGUUUACUUACGCAGUACCAAUUUGGCCAACUCCAAUUCCUCAACUCCCAUCUCAUAUUUCCUCUUCUAGCUCUAAAAUUUAGUGUUUGAUAUAACAAGUCUAUAUUAUUGUCGAUUUGUUUCUAACAAGUUUAUAUUAUUAUUGAUUUAGCCA